AUGCGUUUGAGUACUGUCCCCCUGACAGGAAGCUGCUGGCUUUGGGAGGAGGUGCUGGUCCUUGACUUGGUGGCUCCCACUCCUAAAGGCACUAAAUGGGGUCUAGGUGGUUCCAAUAUUCUCAGGAAGCUCUUGCACCAAGCCUCCCUGCUGGGAAAAGCCAUCCAGGAUGCCCGGAAGUACGGCUGGAAGUUUGAGGAACAGGUGUUCCAUGGCUGGGGUGAGAUGGUGGAGGCAGUACAACAACAUGUGAAGUCUGUGAGCUUUGAGCUGAGGAGGGAGCUGAGGGACAGUGACGUACUGCUGGCUGUAGGAAGAGAUGCCUGUGCCGGUAACAUUGGUCUUGACCACGUUGGGGUGAAAUACAAUCAGGAGACUGGCAUGAUCUCUGUGAAUGAGAAGGAGCAGAGCAGUGUGGGAUAUGUGUAUACUAUGGGGACGGUACAGGAGGGUCGUCCAUUGACCACAGCCCUCUCCAUGCAGGCUGGACGACUCCUGGCCCGCAGGCUCUAUGGAGGACACAGGACAACGUGUGACUACAGUAACGUCCCCACGGUGCUGUUCGCUCCCAUGGAGUACGCUACCUGUGGGCUGUCUGAGGAGAACGCUAUUCUCAAGUUUGAAGAGGACAAUGUGGAGGUGUACCAUCGCUACUACUGGCCAUUGGAGUGGACGGUACCUAGAAGGGACAAGAACUCCUGCUAUGCUAAAGUCAUCUGCCACAUACCUGACCAGGAGCGUGUGGUAGGUCUCCAUGUGAUGGGGUCCAGUGCAGGGGAGGUGAUCCAGGGCUUUGCUGUGGCUCUGAGGUGUGGUCUGAUCAAACAGCAGCUGGACACCACCGUGGGACUCCACCCUGUUUGUGCCCAGGUGUUAACCAACCUGACAGUAACCCAGCGUGCCACUGAAGCCAUGAUGGUGAGAGGGAACUGCUGA